UUCUCUGUAUGCAUGCAUUCAUCUCAAAUCCUAGUUCUCCCGGGAAUGAUCGUGUUUUAAUGUCCUGUGUUCACAGGAAUGAAGGCUCCUUGGGAAUCACACAGGUAGAGGGAUGUCUUUCAUCUUCUAGAUUUCGGUGGGCAGAAAUCUUUAUUCGAGCUCGAACAGCCUUAUUUUCUCUCAUUCGCUCUCCCAGUGCGCCCUCUCGUUCUAUUGCAAGCCUACUGUAUUUAUGCUGCAGAGUGGGGCGUGUGACGUCAACGAAUGCUGGAGCGGCUCCUUCGCUCGAGCGAGAAAUGGGGAGAAAAUUGCAAGGGUCAAAGGUAAUGGUGAGGCAGAAGUAACGGUGACAAGAGGAACAAAACGACAACCUAAGAAGAUUCUGUGUGUGUGUGUGUGUGUGUGUGUGUGUGUGUGUCAGACUUCCAGUAUGUGUGAUGGCGUGAAUGGCCUUUGGUCGUCUUCUCGCCUCCCUCAGACAUCCCUCUUCCUUCUCACCCUCAUCUAACUCCCACCGCCACCCUCAUCUCACCGCCCCCAUUUUUGUACCAUGAGAGGAUCCGCCCAGUACUCGGUGAGUAGUAAGCCCGCGGCGUAUCGGCGCCGCUGAGCGCUGUGCCGCGUGAGGCCCCCCCCCGGCGGCCUCUCGCGGAAUGGCUUCUCUGGACCUGCCCUACCGCUGUCCUCGUUGCGGGGAGCACAAGCGCUUCCGGUCGCUGUCCUCCCUCCGCGCCCAUCUGGAGUACAACCAUACCUACGAGACGCUCUACGUGCUCUCCAAGUCCAACAGCGUGUGCGACGCAGCAGCCCUACUCCCCCUGGUGGCCGACGGAGACCUUCUCCUCGCUCCUUCUGUCCCCGGCAUUAACCGCAGCAACAACAUUAACGACCCCUUCGACGGUCUUCAACUCCGGCCUUCUGCCUUCAGGGACUUCAAGGAGCGCCGCUUCCCGUGCCGUGAGCUUCCCUGCCCGGACGACCUCGGCGGUUCAUCCACAAAUUCCAACGCCGCGGCUCGCUACAUCCCCAAUGUAGAGUUUCCCCUGGGGGAGAUCUUUGUGAAGAAAGCCAUGAGCGCAGCCGGGGACCCCCGCGGUUCCCACGGCAACCAAAGCACGGCCGUGGCAGUGGCGGCGAAUGUGGCUGCGAGCGCGGUGGAGGCGGCCUAUGAGGAGGGCUUGGCCAGGCUGAAGGCGAGAGCCUUUGAGCGUCUGGAGCUGGACGAGAGGCUGGAGAAACUCUCAGAGGAGGUGGAGCAGAAGAUAGCUGCACGCGUGGGCCGGCUGCAGGCGGAGCUGGAGAGGAAGAGCGGCGAGCUGGAGCGGGCCAAGCAUGAGAGCGAGCGGCUGGGCCAGGAGAAACAGGACCUGGAGGACAAGGCGUCGGAGCUCUCCCGCCAGGUGGACGUUUCGGUGGAGAUGCUGGCCAACCUCAAGCAGGACCUGGUCAGCAAGGAGGAGGAGCUUACCCACAAACAACAGGAGGUAACCCAGAUAGACCAGUUCCUCCAGGAGACGGCGGCGCGCGAGGCCAACGCCAAGGUGCGCCUGCAGCAGUUCAUUGAGGAGCUCCUGGACCGUGCCGACCGCGCCGAGAAACAGCUGCAGAUCAUCAGCAGCUGCGGGACCACGCCCAACGGCAGCAUGGGACGCUGCAGCCUGCCCGGCUCCAACAAGGGCUCCAACAAUGGACGCCAGAGGAACUCCAGCGUCUCGGGGACGUCCAGGGGCAUGUACCAGGUCUCUGACCGACGAUCCUCUCCCAGCACCGGAGCGUCGGGCCGGGUCAAGUCCUUCUCCCAGGGCUCAGGUGGGGGCUACGACAGCGGCGACAGCGUGGAGAUGCACCCCAUGGAAGAGUGCCCCGAGGGCCAGUACUACCACGUCCAGUGUCGACUUGGGGAAGGGGGCGGACAGGGAGGGGGCGGACAGUGCUACGAGAGGGCCGGGGUGUCCCGGAGCUGGGGGCUCCGCAAGCAGGCCAUCCAGAACUGGCAGAGGAGACCCUACCGGAACAGCACGGAGGAGGGGGAGGAGGGCGAGGAGGGCGACGUGUCGGACGUGGGCUCCAGGACUACCGAGUCGGAGGCAGAGAUGUGGGAGCAGCAGGAGAGGAGGGCCACCAUGGCCGAGACGCAGCAGUCUGGAGCGCCGAGACCAUCUGGAUACCGCCUAGGCACAGGGCGGUCGGAGGGGGGCCACCGCCACAACAAGCCGUGUCGCCACGACAGGAGCCUGUCCCGGUCCAACAACGAGGUGAUCAGCCCGGAGAUACUGAAGAUGAGGGCGGCUCUGUUCUGCAUCUUCACCUACCUGGACACCAAGACCCUGUUGAGGGCCGCGGAGGUCUGCAGGGACUGGAGGUUUGUGGGCCGCCACCCUGCCGUGUGGACCCGGGUGCUGCUGGAGAACGCCCGCAUCUCCUCCAAGUUCCUGAGUACACUGUCCCAAUGGUGCACCCAGACCCAUUCCCUCAUCCUCCAGAACCUGAAACCACGACAGAGGGGCAAGAAGGAGGUUAAGGAGGAGUACCUCAAGAGCACACGGGGUUGUCUGGAAGAGGGUCUGGAGUCCUUGCUGAAGGCUACAGGAGGGAACCUAUUGAUCCUCAAGGUGUCUCAUUGUCCCAACCUGCUAACUGACCGCUCGCUGUGGCUCGCCAGCUGCUACUGCCGAGCCCUGCAGGCCGUCACAUACAGGAGUGCCACAGACCCUGUAGGACAGGAGGUGAUCUGGGCUCUAGGAGCAGGCUGUAGAGACAUAAUCUCCCUCCAGGUGGCACCACUACAUCCAUGCCAACAACCGGCUCGCUUCAGCAACCGAUGCCUGCAGACCAUUGGCCGAUGCUGGCCGCACCUCAGAGCCCUGGGCGUGGGCGGGGCAGGAUGUGGCAUUCAGGGACUGGCCUCGUUGGCGAGGAACUGCAUGCGACUGCAGGUGUUGGAGCUGGACCAUGUGAGUGAGGUCAACCAGGAAGUGGCAGCUGAGGUGUGCAGGGAGGGUCUGAAGGGCCUGGAGAUGCUGGUCCUCACCUCCACCCCGGUCACCCCUAAGGCCCUGCUUCACUUCAACAGUGUGUGUCGUAACCUGAAGUCCAUGGUGGUGCAGAUCGGGGUGGAGGACUACUUUGAGGACCCCAGCAGCCCUGAGGCUAGGAAGCUGUUUGACGAGAUGGUGAACAAGCUGCAGGGCUUGAAGAAGAGACCGGGCUUCUCCAAAAUUCUGCACGUGAAGGCGGACAUCCUCUGCUAACCCCUUUCACCACUCAGGACCCCCCCCCAGCCACACCAACAGAACAGACCCUGUCAUUUGAAACCCCUUGACGUACCAGUCACCCAACACACAUAACUGAAGAGGAAAUGCAGCAACUGUUGGAGAAAGUGGAGGUUGAUGAACAUGCUGCUUUUUAGUUAAAAAUAAAAACCAAUGUGUUUUCGGCCCUUAGCCUUGACUAAAAGACAGACACAGACACCACAGACAGAUAGAUGCUCCAUAGACCAUUACAAUGCAUUACAGAACAGAGGAUAGACAAGAUAAGAGGCCUGGAUAGGGCCUGGAUAGGGCCUGGAUAGGGCCUGGGUAGGACCUGGGUAGGGCCUGGGUAGGAUAGGUCCACACCUUACCCUGGAGCAUACAAACCCAGUGGAGAUUUUCAUGAAGGGACCAAACCCUCCUUUACCAUAGAUAUGUACAAGAGCUCAUCCCCUAUCUUUUCAAUGGCUGCUUUUUUGACCAAAUGGGCAGCAACAUUGAGGGCUAACUCCAUUUUAAAGUAGUACAUUUUGUGUGUCCUCUAUCCAACUUUAUGGUGGGGUAAAGUGUGGUAAAGACAUCAUCAGGCAGGUAACAAGACCAGGGGCCUGUAAGUUUCCGCGAAAGCAUACAGGGACCCUGCCUGUGAGUUGCUGACCUGCCAAACAGAUGUGAAACAUAAACUCAGCAGGACUAUUGGACUUUGUAGAUGCUGUAAUCUCGGCGGCCAUUUUGAUUUCAACUGAGAAAAGAGCUGUAUGCAGGAGGACGGAUGUCAUGAAAGAGCAGGCUCUCGUUCUUCACUGAGAGCAUUGCAGAGAAUGUGUCUGGGAUGCUUUUUUAUCAAGAUGCUAAAACCGUUAGUUAAAAUAGAUUCCCAACCUGUGUGUGUGUGUUUAAGGGAGGGAUACAUGACAUACCAGCUGCAGACUUGGUCGAACAUAAAACGAGAAGAUAUCUUGUCACCUCGAGAACAUUUUUAUUCCAAGUUCUUUAUCGGCCUAUCAGCCACUCCAUGGUGCGGUCGCCAUGGGAACAGCGCAGUAUUGAACACUAGGUCCAUCCUCCGCAUGCUCAUCAGCCGAGCACCAUCUCUCGCACCCUCUUGGACUUUUCAGCUGUCAAUUACUUUUGUCUGUGGGACUCAUACGGUAUCUAUAGGCCGGUUGGUCCACAAGGCAGCUACUGUGUUGUUUGUUUUUAAGCAGGGUUGCAAAUGAAUUCAUUAGGCCUCUAUUUCAGAAUUGAUGCCAUUCACAGCCGUGUGUCUGUUCUCUCUUCAUUUCGUAAAAUGCUUUCUCCAGUGUGCCACUGAUCUAUAGGAGUGUUGUCAAAGGCAGGCGUUAACCCUGUACUAGCCACUAGCUCUGUAAGCUGCAGUGAAUUACAUGCAUAAGCUGCAUCCCAAAUGCACCCUAUUCCCUAUGUAGUGUAAUACGUUUAGCCAGGGCUCAUAAGGCUCUGGCCAAAAGUAGUGCACAGAAUAGGGUGCCAGUUGAGAAACGGCUAUAGCCUACAGCGAAAAGAGUUGUUGAUUGACAUGAUGCAAUUUAUAUGUUAACUGGCUAUAAACAUAAUGUAUAAUACAUGUAUAUAUGUUACAGCCGGUUAUUAUGAUAUAUAUAUAUAUAUAGAUGUUGUUGUAUUUACAGCCAGUACACCGGAAGGGCUUUUAAUUGUCCGCCAAUUACAUAGAGUUGAAUAGAGGGCACAUAUUUGCCUCUUUCGCCACAACGGCUUCAUAAGUGUGCCCUCUAUCCAACUUUAUGGCCAUUUGCAAUUUGUUCGAUGUCAUAGAUCAGCUGACUCUCUGGAGCCCUCUGCUGAGCAGGAUGACUCGUGCAAUGACACACAGCUGGUGGAGAGGUAGGAAGUGUCCCUGGAUGCCUCCCAAAUGGCUCUGGUCAAAGGUAGUGCACUAUAUUGGGAAUAGGAUGACAUUUGGGAUGCAGACUUGAUCUCAAUUUGCCUCAAAGUCCUCUUGUUUCUUCACCUGCACUGAUUGCCUUGUCAAGUGAAAGCAAAACGAUGGAAGCUCAUAGUUAGGCUAUCUUACGCCUGACCAGUUAUUUUUCGCUUAGUGCAAUGAUGGGAGAAGAGGACAGCAUUAGCCUGUAUGGAUCCACUCGCAAUACUGUACCGCUAAUGCAUUCAAGCAAGUCGUCGAGCUCAGGCAACAAUGCACACCGACCCAAACCAUGCAACACCCCAGGGAGGCAUCUCAAGUCUAAUGUGGACUCCUUCUGACAGAAGACAACAGUUGGAAGCUGAUCCUCUGGUAGGCUUGGACUUAUUCUUUGUUUUUUUUAGGCUGUGCUCCAAAUGGCACCCUUUUCCCCUGUAUAGUGAACUGCUGUACGUUAGACCAGGGCCCAUAGGGCUCCGGUCAAAAGUAGUGCACUAUAUAGGGAGUGGGGUGCCAUUCUGGGAUUCAACUUUAGGGGGUUUUCAGUUCCUGACAAUCUUGUCUUCUUUAAGACAUUAAACACUGUACAUAAUGUUGUUUAUAAUAUAAAAAGAUUACUGCAUUUGGUGUUCUAAAAAAUUAAGGUCAUAAGUAUCGAAAUGACGAAAACAGACAAAUAUUAAGAGUCUACAGGUGUCCAUUCUGUGAGGUUUUUUUUCUCCAAAGUCUAAAGGAAACUACAGUGGCAAGAAAAAGUAUGUGAACCCUUUGGAAAUCCCUGGAUUUCUGCAUAAAAUGGUCAUCAAAUGUCACAACAAUAGACAAACACAGUCUGCUUAAACUAUUAACACGCAAACAAUUGUACAUGUUCAUGUCUUUAUUGAACACACCGUGUAAACAUUCACAGUGCAGGGUGGGAAAAGUAUGUGAACCCUUGGA